AUGAGUGAGCUGAGCAAGCCCGAGGAAGACUUUCAGGACCCUGGCGAGGCCCAGUGCCCAGUGAAUGUGGAGCUCUUGGGGGCUGAGGCAGGGGUGGCUGCAUCCGCCUCAGCCUCCUCCCUCACAGUGUCCUCCGUAGCCACUGGGGAGUCCUUGCCCCAGGAGGCUCUGAAGGAGAUGAAAGCUAACCUAAUAAAGUUCCUGCUCUUCAAGUAUCUAGCCAAGGAGCUGACCUCCCAAGCAGAAAUACUGAAGAAGGUCCUCAGGGAUAACCAGGAGCAGUUCUCGGUGGUCUUCAGCCAAGCCUCACAGUGCCUGGAGCUGGUCUGUGGUGUGGAGGUGAAGGAGGUGGACCCCAGGGAGCACAUCUACAUCAUGGUCCCCAACCUGGGCCUCACCUGUGAUGUGAUGCUGAGCGGUGGGCAGAGCAUGCCCAAGGCCGGCCUCCUGGUGCUGAUCCUCAGCCUGAUCAUGAGGAAUGGAGACCGCGCCCCUGAGGAGAAGGUCUGGGGAGCACUCAGCAGAUUGGGUGUGUGUGUUGGGAGUGUGCACUGUGUCUUUGGGGAGCCCAGGACACUUCUGACACACGUGUGGGCGCAGCAGGGAUACCUGGAGUACCGGCAGGUGCCUUACAGCUACCCUGCUCGCUAUGAAUUCCUGUGGGGUCCCCGGGCCUAUGCAGAGACCAGCAAACGGGAAGUCAUGGCAUUUCUGCUCAGGGUCAAAGAAAGGGCUUCGAGGGCCUUCCCACCCCUGCCUGUAGAGGCUGCAAGGGAGGAGGAUGAGGCUGCCUGAGCCAGAGCAGGAUCCAGGUGAUCCUUCCCUCUGGGAUUGAAGACGGAGCGGUCAGCCUUCUCAGUAGUGAGGCCCUGGGGCACUUUGGGGAACCAGUGUAUAGCAUCUUUGGGUUCCUGUUCUCUAUGAUGACUUGGAGAUUCACCUGUUUUCCUUAGAAAAAUUUCAAACUUUGCUUGUUUUCAUAGAAGACUAAAUAAACUUCAGUGUCUUAGCUUCA